GAUGCUUGGAAUCGUAUUGCUGAUAAUUUGCAUGUACCUGUAAAUGAACUAAAAAAGAAAAAGGAAUCGCUUAUGGCUACCUUUAGAUUGCAUCAUAAAAAGAAAAUGCAGUGUAUAAAAUAAGGCAUGAGUGAGGAUGAGCUCUACAAUCCCAUUUGGCCAUUCUACGAGCCUUUGUACAGCUUUCUGAAGGAUGUGUAUGAGUGCCGAAGCUCAAUUAACACUGAGGAUAAUAGUGCCUCGCAAUCGACAUAUACUGAAGAGCAAACAAGCACUGAUAUAGACUUAGAAUCUCCGGUAGCUGUGGCCAACAGUUACUCCAAAAUUGUUCCUGAGACUAGCAGCAACUCCGAAACUAAUAAAAUAAAAGUACCGGUUGUUAAGCGCCGUGCGAAAGACUCGCCAGAAUUAGCAGAGGCCAGUAGAGAGAUGUCAAAAGCUUUUACCGCAUUAAACCAAGCCCCUGACAAAAAAAACUGCCAGAUAAGAUGAUGAUUGUCACUUGUAUGGUACACUUCUUGCAACAAAAUUGAGGAAGUUUUCUGAGAGUGAAAGAGAAGAAAUAAUGUUGGACAUAGACAACAUGAUAAUAAAGAGACGACAAAAUAAGCAAAAUAUUCACACUCAUUUAUACACACACACUCGUUUACACACACAGGCACUUUGCAAAGUUCAGAUGAAUCUGAAUGGUCAUAUAUAUCCGAUUCAGCACAGAGCCAUUCUUCAUCAGUAAACGUAAAUCGUUCAACUUAUAACCCUUAUCAAGCACCAACUCAACGGCUUCAAAUACUUUCCAAUGAAAUUUUACCUGUCCAAUUUAUACAACCGUCAUCAAAUAUACAGCCAGAAUCUCGUGUCUAUACUUAACUACCAGAAAUGUCUCCAGAGUCUAAUGAAACGUACAAUAUUUCUUUGCAAUCCCCGUCAAGCAAUUCCCAAGAUAUUGUAUAUGAGGCAUAUAAAAAUGCAUAAAAAAAUUAAAUAAGUUUUAUUUACCUUAAUCAUAUCUUUCAGAACU